CGCCCCAGUCCCGAGCUCGGAUCCGUGUCGCCGUCGACCCGGCGUCUUUUCCCAGGCUACCAGCUGAUGGCCGAGCCGCUCCCGUUUGACCGGAGUUCGGGCGUGCGGAUCCACCCGCCGGCAGCUUGACCUUUUAAUAGUCGUAGGAGAGUAGACGAGGGGAGCUUGGACCUUGGACUAGGGGGGAAGGCAAGACUUGGUGGGUGAUGGGAGGAUGCAACAGCUCCUGCUGUGGGGAUCAAUCCGGCGCCGACGCCGCCGUCCGGCUGCCGGAGCCGUUCCAGCUGCCGGCGCCCUUGCCCGUGUGGCCGCAAGGAGGGGACUUCGCUAAGGGUGUAAUAUGCAUAGGAGAACUCUAUGUUACAAAUGUCAGCGAAUUGCAGAAUAUAUGGAGUUGCUCUGGAGCUACAUUCUAUGAGCCAAAAGAAGUUCCUAAUGGUUUCCACUGCCUUGGGCACUACGCCCAACAGAAUGACCAGCCUUUACAGGGUUUUCUUCUUGUUGCAAGGGAAGCAGCUAGCUCUCAAUUGGUCAAUAGCAAGCCCGCCCUUGUGAAACCCUUGGAUUACACCCUUGUUUGGACCGAUGCUGACUCGUAUGAAGAUGACAAUGGUGAUUGUGGGUGCAUUUGGUCGCCAUCACCACCAGAGGGUUAUGAAGCCCUUGGCUAUGUGGUCACUAGAGGACUAAAGAAGCCAUCACUGGAAACUGUUCGAUGUGCUCGACAUGACCUAACAGAUGCAUGUGAAAACUUUAGGUCAGUCCUGAAUAUGAAAAGUUCAUUCCAAGUUUGGAACACAAGGCCUUCUGACCGUGGGAUGGCAGGACGAGGUAUACCUGUUGGUACAUUCUACUGUCAAACAGAUUCGGAUAUCAGCGAGGAAUCAGGCAUUCCCUGCUUGAAGAACUUUGACCAGAAUCUGAGAGCCAUGCCUAAUCUAGACCAGAUUCAUGCACUAAUUGAACACUAUGGCCCGACUGUUUUCUUCCACCCACAAGAGACAUAUUUGCCGUCAUCCGUUUCUUGGUUCUUUGAGAAUGGAGCUACCCUGUACACGAAAGAUAUAAAGAUGGGAGAUGCUAUACUUGCUGGUGGCUCAAACCUGCCUGCUGGUGGGACGAAUGAUGGUGAGUACUGGAUUGACCUCCCUGAUGACGACAGGAAUGGGUAUGUCAAAGUUGGUAAUCUGAAGAGCGCCAAGCUCUACGCUCAUGUUAAGCCGGCUCAUGGAGGGACCUUCACUGACAUUGCGAUGUGGGUGUUCUGCCCGUUCAAUGGGCCAGCAACAAUAAAGAUUGGACUUGCAAGCUUUGCUCUUCAGAAGGUCGGGAGGCACACCGGAGACUGGGAGCAUUUCACCCUCCGCAUAAGCAACUUCUCGGGAGAACUCUCAUCUAUCUACUACUCAGAGCACAGCGGAGGCGGAUGGGUGGAUGUUUCCGACUUAGAGUUCAUCUCAGGAAACAAAGCGAUCGUCUACUCGUCGAGGAAUGGGCACGCAAGCUAUGCCCAUCCUGGCUGCUAUCUGCAGGGCUCUGAGGCGCUUGGCGUCGGAAUGAGAAAUGAUGUCGCGCGGAGCGAUCUGUCUAUCGAUUCAAGCACGAUGUAUGAGGUAAUCUCGGCGGAAUACCUGGGAGACACCGUGGUGGAGCCAUGCUGGCUGCAGUACAUGAGGGAGUGGGGCCCGGCCGUGACCUACAACUCACGGUCUGAGGUGGACACGGUGCUCAGCUUCCUGCCGUUCUUUCUCCGGUUCACGGUGGAGGCGAUAUUCGACAGUCUUCCGGCAGAACUGUACGAGGAGGAAGGCCCGACUGGACCCAAGGAGAAAGAUAACUGGGAAGGAGACGAGCGGUGCUAGGUUGUAUCGCCUUAAAUUUAUGUAUAAUGUACAUUGUAUAUAUGGUGAGGAGAUUGUUAUGUACUACUACUAGCUUUGCUAAAGAAUUUCUU